UGUGGAAUCUAUGGAAGGGUUGACGAGUCAUAUUAUCGCGAUGAAUGAAAGAGAGAAAGGGGUUGCAUCGUUGGGGUUAGCUUCGGUGGAGGUUGCACAGGGGGAUCCGUUUCGGCGAGUUACUCAGUCGAAGCCCUUUGAGGAGUGAAGAGAGGAGCUUAAUCGUAUGAAGGCUUCCAUGUUUGGUGUGGAUCGGGAGUUUCUGAUCCCGUGUGAUCUUAUCCAAGAGAAAACUUCAACCCUAACAGCUUCUACCCUAAAUCUUCUCUGGUAUACUCUAACAGCUUGUACCCUAACAGCUUAAUCGUAUGGAGUUGGUGGUGGUAUGGCUGAUUCGAAGGUUUAUACACCUAUUGGAGGUCGAUCUGGGUCAGGUAGUCGCGGAGGAAGGGGAGGCAGAGGCCAAAAUCCUGUGGCCCUGAGUCCUGAGUUAAGAGAGAGAGAGAGAGAGAGUUACAGAGAAGAUGGGAGGAGAAGGGAGAGAAGGGGAUUGAGAGUGCGGUGGAUGCAGGUACCGCAACUAUGCCUUCAGGUCCUUCUGCAACAGAUGUAAGCAGGCCCCCUUCUCGUCGACACCAAAACCCCCGCCGAUUCUAAAUGGCUCCCCCGUAUCGGCGAUUGGAUCUGCACUGGAUUGCCCUUUCCUCCCCUUUACUUCUACAAUGGUGGACUUAGAGAGUUCUUUGCUACAAUAAAGCAACAAGUUUUUAUUGCGAGAUAUGAUGAAUAAAUAUUUGCUUCGCAAGGGCAAUGUGAUUAAAAGAACAUCUAACAAUACUCGUUCAGAUGAUGACUUUAUGAUGCUUCUGCCUACUGCCUGGUUGUACUUACAGUCAUCUUCCAUGAAAUAUGGGGAGCAGUUUCAGAUAUGUGUUGGAAAUAAUCUUCUUUCUAUAGCAAGAUUCUCUUGAGCUGUUUCUCAGACUGGAAGAGCUAUGUUUCUGGGGACAUAUUUAAGCUAGAAUGUACUGAGUUCUUGUCUCCAUCUAUGGAGGAACUUCUUAAUCUUGUCUUUGACAGUCUCUUGGGAAAGGUAAUUCUUAUGCUUCGGUACUACUUUUCCUUGAACAGAGAUGCUGUGAAAUUGAAAGAGCAGUUGAAGUUAUUUGAUUCUAUUUGUCCACAUUCUGGUGCACUUGACACUAUCCUAGAUUGUGAUGUUAGUGAGAUUGAUGCUUAUUCACUUAACCAGUCUUUAAACCUUGUAAAUAGAGUUGUUGCAAAGAUAUACUUUUGUAGGAUGCUUUUAUUUCAAAAGGAUAAUCAGAUUCAGUCUCUGCCGGGGGAAGAUGGGAAUAUGAAGGAGAUUCAUUCAGAAGUGAGAUCUAAUAAAGAGGACUCGUCAGAUUUCGGUUUAUGAACAUAUUGGUGUGGACUUGGCACAUAUUGGUGUGGACUUGGCAGUUGAUUGUCAAGAAAUGCCCCUCAAAGUCUGAGGACUCUGGAAAAGUCAUUGGCACAAACUAUUUCUUGUUCAUGUUUUUGGAGGCCUUCAUUCUAAGAAAUAUUCUAGAGUUAACUAGAGAGAUGCAUAAUUGUCUUAUCAAAUUGAAUUCUCUUCCAUUCAUUGAACAAUUGGUGAGAUUGUCUCUUCUUCAUAGGUUUGAGGACCCUGCAACACUGAAGAUGCUAUGAAGUGUUCUUACUUUGCUAUCUGAUGGGAACUCAAACAGUUUAGUGCUUCAGCUGCUGCUUGCUCACUCUCAGUUUGCACCUACCAUACAUUAUGUUUCCAAAUCAUCUGGUGGUUCUCAGUUUGGUGUGAUCUUUAAGCCUAUGUCCAGCAUUUUGAGAUUACUUGUUGUUCCAUCUACUGAUCAAAGUGCACUUAAUGUGGAAAUGAGUCCACAAAAUACAUAUGAACUGAGCAUGAAACGGUUGGAAGUUGUUAAGUUACUUAGGGCACUGUUUCAUUUCACGUCUCAGCAGUGUGGUUUUGAUUUCAAAAAAGACAUCAGUGUGAAUUCUAGAGAAUUGGUUUUCUUGCUUCUGUCUUCUUAUGGUGCAACACUCAGUGAAGUUGACUUGGAAAUAUAUGAUCUCAUGUUUGAAAUUGAGUCUGCUAGUGAAUCAAAUUCUGGAAGCAUUGCUGAGAUGGAUUACCUUUGGGGAGCUGCUGCUAUAAAAGUAAGAAAAGAACGAGAACAGGAGCAGGAUCUGUCAUCUGUUAAUAUGAAUGAUGUUGAAGCAGUUGAAGAACGCCGAAGAAGUCAAUUUAGGGAAAACCUCCCUGUUGACCCCAAAGUGUGUGCAACUACUGUGCUACAUUUUCCUUAUGAUAGAACUGUGAGUGAGGGAACUUUAUUCUUGUCCAAGUAUCGGCAUGAUAAUUCUGAGACACCUUAUGCAAAUGUUGAGAAAAUACUAAUAUAUGAUCCUGUUUUCAUAUUGCGCUUCUCAAUUCAUAGUCUGUCAAUGGGUUACAUUGAGCCUAUGGAGUUUGCUAGUUUAGGGUUGCUCGCAAUUGCAUUCGUUAGCAUAUCUUCACCACAUGAUGAGAUGAGGAAAUUGGGUUAUGAGGCUCUUGAAAGAUUCAAGACUGCAUUAGAGAGGUGUCAAAAGAGGGAGGGUUUAGUGCGACUUCGGCUUUUGUUGACGUAUUUGCAAAAUGGUAUAGAAGAUCCUUGGCAGGAGAUUCCUUCUAUCAUUGCUAUGUUUGUUGCAGAGGCUUCUUUCAUAUUACUGGACUCUUCACAUGAUCAUUAUUUAACCAUAAGUAACUUUUUGUUGCGCUAUCUGAGGGUGAAUGUGAAGUGUAUACCAUUAUUUGAAACUUUUUUUUUGAGCAGCACUGUGAAGUUUAAGACACUCAGACUCUGGAUACUUCGUCUCUUGUAUGCUGGGCUAAAUUCAGAUGAUGAUGCUCAAAUAUAUAUCAGGAACAAAUAUAUAUCAGCAUUGUGAAUUCUUAUAGUUUUAUUUGUUGAUAGCUGCGCAUGGAUAACAAAUAGUUAUGUUUUAAAUUGUUAUGCUAGACGGAUGUGACUUGUGAAUGAAAACUUAGAAUAGUUG